CUUUAUUAAUGCUUAUAGAUUAAAUGGUUUUUUGUUUUUCUCUAUGGAAAGUGUAUUUAACCAUACCUAGAAGAUACACAGGUCAAGCAGCAGACUCUUGACACGCGUAAGCAAAUUCCAUUCAUAUUUCUAACAGAAUAUAUGAGCAGGUUUGGUUUUUGAAAGGAUAAUUCAAAGUAUUUGGAGCACUCAAUCUAUCUCAAAUGGAUUAUGAACCUCCAUUUUUGGAUGUCUACAAGCCCCUCCUUCUACAAAACUCGCAUGGUGUUGGUGUUAACGAUGGUGUCAGUGGGAUAAGAAACGACAAAUCCGAGUGGUGUGAGCUUCCUCUGAUCGAUCUAAGCCGGUUAAGCCUCGACCAUAUUGAGAGGGAGGAGUGCAUGAAAGAAAUGAGUGAAGCUGCAAGAACGUGGGGUUUUUUCCAGGUUGUGAAUCAUGGGGUUUCACAAGAGCUGCUUCAGAAUCUUAGGCAUGAGCAAAUGGAAGUGUUCCGCAACCCUUUUGCAGAAAAAUCCCGAGAAAAUUUCUUGAAUUUACCUCCCAGAAGUUACAGGUGGGGCAACCCAUCUGCCACAAACCUCAGCCAAAUUUCAUGGUCAGAAGCCCUCCACUUGUUUCUUCCAGAUAUAGCUAGGAUCGAGGACCAGCACCAAAGUCUCAGAUCAAGUAUUGAGGCUUUUGCAUCUGCAGUUGCCCCACUUGCAGAAAGCUUACUGCAAAUUCUUGCUCAGAAACUGAACAUGAAAUUCAGUUAUUUCCAAGAGAAUUGUUCAGCAAACACUUGCUUUCUUCGGCUGAACAGAUAUCCACCAUGUCCACUCCAUUCAAGGGUGUUUGGUCUCUUACCUCACACUGACUCUAGUUUCCUCACUAUACUCAACCAGGACCAGAUUGGGGGAUUGCAAUUAAUGAAAGAUGGAAAGUGGAUUAGUGUCAAACCUAACCCUCAAGCACUUGUCGUUAAUAUUGGUGAUUUAUUCCAGGCAGUGAGCAAUGACAUGUACAUAAGUGCUAAACACCAGGUGGUGGGAGGUGAGAAGGAAGAGAGGUUCUCAGUGGCAUAUUUCUAUAACCCUAGGAAAGAUGCAGUGAUAGAGAGCGAGAUGAUGCCAGCAGUGUACAGAAAGUUUAGUUUUGGAGAGUACAGAGAGCAGAUAGAGAAAGAUGUUAAGGAAACAGGUGAUAAAGUGGGUCUCUCUAGGUUUCUCUUGUAGAGAAACAUAGUCACAAUGAUAAUAUUUUAGUCCACAUAUUUUAACAACUUUUUUUUUAACAACAUUUUAAC